AUGGGGGCCCAUCUUCUGCAGCUGCCCCAAAGGCUGCUCCUGCCAGGGGCAGCUGCCCUGACUGUGUCCGCUCUGGAGACAGGUGAGUAUAAAGGGACUUGCGGACAGACGUGGCGGGGGGGCGGGCUGCUGCUGCGCCGGUUCUACUUCGUGGUCCCGGACACCGACUGCGGGCUCGGGGGGCGGGCAGCGGCCCCCAGCGACAGGAUCCGCUUCCAGUUCCGCUGCUUCCUGGUCUACAGCCUGGUCUGCCCGGCAUCCCCAGCGCCCAACGGCGCCACCCCAGCGGCUGGCGCCUGCGCCCCAGGCUCUUACUUGCUGUUCUACGAGGGUCCGCCCGGAGCGCCCCGGACCCUGGGCGCCCCUCUCUGCGGCCUGACCAUCCCUGCCCCGGUGGCAUCCACAGGGGACUUCCUGGGCCUGCGCCUGGUCACCAGAGGUCGCCAGCCCCGCGUGGACUUCGUGGGAGAGGUAACCUCUUUCCGGUUGGGUGGGUUAGGACUGUUUUUCCGCUGUCGGAAUGGCAGGUGCGUCCCCCCGAGCCUGGUGUGCGAUCUCUGGGGCAUGGACAACUGUGGUGACGGCAGUGACCAGGCUUCCUGGCCACCAGCCAGCUGCAGAGGUCCCUCUCUGAUGCCCAGCCAGGAGGGAAGUAUGGAGGCUGAUACCUCCAAGCCCCUGAGUGUCUCCCCAGCUCUAGGUUAAGCAGGCCCCCUGUAGCCUGCAGCUGGGAGCAGUGCCCAAGCAGGCAGGGGCCCUGCCCAGCAGGAUGCAGUUCUGGAAGGUCCCCAGCUACGGAAGGUGGCACUGGCUUCCUCGCUGCUCCUGGCCUGUGCUGGCCUCCUCUGGUGCUGUUGCUCCUCUAGCCAGCAGUUGGCACUAAAGAGCUUUUGCUACCCAGAGGAGGGUGGCAAAGGCCACUGCGAUGCCCUCUGCUCCUAG